AUGACCCCGGUGGCCCCCUUCCUCGCGGGGUGCGCGGCCCCGGAGGCUGCCACGACAAUGCUCCAGGCCGCUGGGCCGCUUUUCCACUGCCCGGCCCCGCUGGGUUCGCUGCCAGGCCGGGCCGGGCCCGGGCCCGGGGCCGGGGCCGGGGCCGGGGCCGUCGCCCCGACCCCCGCGGCGGGCAUCUCCCCCGGUGACGAUGUGCCCGGGCUCAUGGCGGACGUGUCGCCGAGCGAUCCAGCUGGUUCAGCACUGGCCGCCUCCCCAAAUGGGCCUGUGCUGGCCUGGUGCCCGGGAUCCGGUCGUGUCCUCUUCAGCGCGCCGGCCGGGUCGACCUUGACGUCGCAUGACCCGGCCGGCUGCUCGGCCUUCAUUGCCGACGUCAAUGCCCUGCACCUGGGCCCCAUGGCGUCGGUCGCCGUUCCGGGGCUCGGGCAGUCGCCGGCCCCCGGGGCUCGGCAUUCGACCAACUGGUGGCGCUAUGCACCGGACCGACCGGUAGCAGCAGCAGCAGCAGCAGCAGCAGCAGCGGCAACAGCAUGUCCUAUGAGGCCGGCCGCCCGGCCGUCCGCCGCUGCCUGGCACCCCUCCGGCGACGGCCGCCUCCUAUUGGGCAGCUCUUUGGGCGAUCUGACCGUCUGGGCUCGGCCGGCGGACCAUCCCGCCGGGUGGGUGCUGGAUGAGGGGUUCUCACUUCGAGCAGGCCGGGCCCCCGGCUCCCCAAGCACCGCCUUGACGCCGGGGUCCUCGGGCCCCGGCUCCCCAAGCGAGGCCCCCAAGCCCGGGUCGCCGGUUCUGGCCGCCCUCUGGCUGGGCAGCUCCGCGGCGCGCCCCUUGCACAUGGUUCCUCUCGCCCCGAGUCGAGGCCCGGGCCCCAGCAAGCCCGCCAGUGACCCGGUCACCAUGUUCGAUUCCGGGGCCUUCCACCUGGCGGGCCACUUCUCGCCGAGCGUGGCCGCCACGUACAGCCCCCUGCCGGCUGCCCAGCAGCAUGUCCUGCCGGUGGAGGCCAUGCACUCCACUCGUUGGGCCACUUCUCCGGCAUCCGGUCCGACUGCCAGCUCGACGGCGGGCCCGUCCUCGCCAUCGGGGCCAGUCUCGAGCCCGGCCCCGAAGUCGGCAGUGAAGGAAGAGAUCAAAGAGGAAUCCCCCGGGGAGCCGGCGGCCCCCUGCCCCUCCUCCGCUGCCGCCGCCGCCUCCUCCUCGGUGCCAUCCUCUCCCUCGGCACCCGUUCAGGAUCGGCUGUUUGUCUUCCCCUUCCAUGAUGUCCUGUCCUCGGGCCAGGAGGGAUGGCUGGCGGUGCACGCCUCCGGCGAGAUGACGCUCGGCAUUGGCACCGACCUGCCGGCGCACGGCCCCUCGGACGAGGCCGACGACGCGCGGGUCACCUUCUCCCAUCAUCGGCUCCCCCUGCCGGGCUCCCUCUUCCAGGAUGGGCUGGAGUAUACCUUGCAGGGCCUGGCAUCGGCCAGUUGGGCCGGCGCAGCCCUGGACGGGCACAAGUGCAACAUUCUGCUGGCCGAAGGCCUGUACCUGCCGGUCAUGGCGGAUGCCGGCAUUUCAGCCCUCUACCGACCCAGUCACCUGGCGGUGGUCCCACAUGAUGGCACCCUGCUUCGGUGCUUUUUCCGGGCCGACGCCAUGGUUGCCGAGCAGGUGGCGCUCGCCGGGCCGAACUCGUCCCCCGGGCCCCGGUGGCUUCGCCGGGCAGAGCACCAUUUUGAAUUCCAACACUUCCCGGCCCUGGCGGCGGGUCUGGCCUCGGUCGGCACCCUGUCGGUGGGGCUGCCGCCGGAGGAGUACCUCCGCAGACGGGAUGUCGAUCUGGCGAUGUUCGGGCCGACCGGGCUCGCCGGGCCCGGGGCCCCGGGGCGCGAGCUGAGCCUGCUGACGCUCGUCCCUCGGGGGGCGGAUGCGCCGCAGGUGCUGGUCUUCUUGUUGACCGGGGCCGGCACCUGCCGGGCCGUCACUGGGCUUGGUCUUGGGCUGUCGGGGACCGUGGCACAGGCCCUGCCCGUCGGCCGGGCCGCCGCGGCCACCGUCAGCCCGGGCGGCCUGGCGACGCUUGUGCUGACAGACACCGGGGGAAUGGCCUGCUUCUUCCACGACCCGGAGGUGCUGCUCUUCCGCCACCUCUGCAGGUCCCGGGCCAACGCCUUCACGCCGCUGGAGCAUACGGCCCCCUCGUGGCUGGACGCAUGGCUAGUGUGUCGCUUGGCCGGGUCGCUGGCCGACGGUCGGGGGGGCUUCCUCCUGGCCGGGCAGGGGAUUCGCCGUGAUGCCUGGGAGGUGGCCGUGGCUGUCGGCCGGCGGUCUCUCACGGCCGGUGGUGCCCACUGCAUUGAUGUCUUCCUGUCGAUGUUCGAGGACCCGGAGCAUGUGUCCCGCACCCUGGACGAGCUGCUCGAGCGGUCCACCGACUACAAGACCGUCCUGACCCCGGGCUUCCUGAUGAAGCUCGCCCCCGACUUCAAGAAGCUCGAUCUGAUGACCGACAUUCAGUCGCGCUUCGCCCACUGGAUGGUGGUGUUGACAUACUUCGUGGUGUAUGGCAUCCACUAUACGCGGAUUUUGACGGACGAGGUCAAGCUGCAUUUCUUCUCGGCCAUCGCGGCCGGGGAUGUGGUCUUCGCCGAGCAGGAUGGGCGUCUGGCAAAUAUGUUCCUGGUGCAGCCGCAGUUUCGCCGGCCCUUUGCGGCGCGCUCCCCGCCGGAAAGCCUGGAGGAGCUGCAGCGCGCCCGGCCGACCUUCCGCCCGGCCCCCAUCCCCAAGGAGUUUCUCUUUUCCGAUGAGCUGGUCACUUCGGCGCAGGCGAUCGCCGACAAGCUGGCGGCUACCGCCCUCCGGCGCUUCUCCCCCUCGCUGCCGCUGCUGGCCGAGCCGCUGAUUUCCCCGCGGUCUCGCUUCCUCUUCCGCAAGGCCUCCCUGCUGGUGCGCAUUUGGGACCUGCUGAACCACCCGGGGCAUUCGCCCGGCGGCCUGACGCAGAGCCCGCUCCAGCUGGCAGCCACCAUCCAUGAUCUGUUCCCCAAUGACCCGGGGUGUCCCUAUGCCUCAGCGGCGUUCACCUCGACCGAGAUGCCGAACAGCCCUCCCGGGCGGCCCUCAGUCAUCGCGCCAAUCCGCUUUUCCGACAUGCUCUCCUCGUCGCAGCUGGCGUCCAUCCUCCGGCGCGUGGCACAGCCCUCCUACUCGGCCAGAAGCCUGGCCAUCCCGGCCUUGUCCAUUGCACUGGCCCGCUCGCCCAAAGAGGAGGCCGUGAAGCACAAGAUGAGUGCCCUCAGCCGCGAUGUGAUUAUCUUCUUCUCGAAUCUCCAUUCACCGCCGGCCACCAAUUCCCUCGUUGGCCGAGUGCGCAUCAUCCGCUCACUGUUUGACCUUACCGGCCUGCUGGUGACGCUAGAUCCCCUGGUCGAUGGGUAUCUGGCUGUCAUCUGCGACACGCAAUUUACGCUGGACCGGACACUGGCGUCGGCGGUUCUCCUGCUGCCGGUGGCGCCCGAAGCGCGGCUCCGGGAGCCCAGCUCAACCUUCGCCCCGGAGCUUGUGGACAGCCUCACCUGGCAGCCUCUGUCCGUGGCGGCCAACACCCUUCGAUGCACGCGGUGCUUCCGCAGCACGGCCUCGCACGUUGCUUACCCGCGCUCCUCGGAGGAGGCCGAUGUCGCCGUGCCGGGCCCCUCCGACGAGGCCCUUGGCACGACGGCGUCCUCCCCCCCGCCGGCCGGGAGCCAGGAGUCGGUGCUGGCUCCUGCCGUGGCCGCCGGGCCGGGCCCGGGCCCGGGCGCCGAGGCGGGUACCCCGCGCACGCGUGCGCCCGUGACCUCGCCAACAAAGUCGAGUGCCGCUCCCUCCGCGGCCGCGAAUGGCCCGGGCCCCUUGGUCAAGUCGGCCGCCGCGAAGGCCUCCCUCACACGGUCCAAGCUCACGGCUCGGCUGAUCCAAAAUGCCACGGCCUCCUCGUCGGCCUCGCAGCCGGCGGCGGCGGCGGCGGCAGCCGCCGCGGCGGCCGCCGGCAGUGUGCCCCCGCUCCCGCGUCUGGGCGCCUCGUCGCCGCUUUCGGCCAAGACGGCCGCCGUUCUGCCGACCGGCUCGGCGGCCCUGCUUGCCGAUCCGCACCUGCCGCUGAAGCCGCCCCCGGGGCUGGUGUCAGCGCGGUCGGCCACCCGGCCGGCCGGCCCCCCUGGCGGUGGCGCCGCCUCGCCGGCCAAGCCGGCCCCGGGCCCUGGCGGUGCGGGUGCCGGGCCCCCUGCGACGCGAGACGCCAGCAGCACGGCUCCCCCGACCCCGGCGGCGCCCUUCCCCCGGCUCAUCGCCGAGCGCCUUGGCCAUGCGUAUGCCGGGUGCGGGGCCGUGCGGUGGCCGGACGGCCGGCCAUGCGGUGGCCCCUGCUUGGCCUUCCUUCGGCGCUUCCUGGCCCCCCACCAGGCCGGGCUGGGGGUGGCCCCCUUUCAGCGGUGUGGCCAUGGGGACCUGCUGCGCACGUCGCUCCCGGCCGUGGGGCAUCGAGUGGGCAAUGCCCCUGUGUCUCGCCCCGUGUGGAUCGGUGGUUUGCUGGUCGAGAUGGAGGAAGCGGCCUCUUGGCCGUGA